UAAUAAUGGAUUUUGAAACAAUAAGAACUUUUUUCGUAUAAGUGAUAUCAACAAAAUAAAAACGAUAUUGCACAGUUAAAAUUAUCCUUUAUACCUAUGUGGUGAAAAUUUCGUUUCUUAGUUAUUACUGUAGCCUUCUCGAUUCUUUCCCACGCCAAAACGUUUUUGCUAUGCCGUACGUGUGUAAGACGGAGACAACAUAAUAUGCGGGUGCGACGUCUUCUUAUAUUGAAUAUAGUCGAUAUGUACCUACCCUGGGUAGUCUGUGGUGGAGCAGUUCGCGGAUUACUAUUCUAUACAUGAAGUCAGCUUAGUUAAGCAACCAGAGGGCGCUGUGCACGGUGCUUAUGUGCGUCGCCACAAAACGUAAACGGUUUUUCAGGUUAUUUAUUCUUCUCUUUUGUUUCUCAAUUUUUAUGGGCAUUGGGUACCCAUUUUGUUUUUUGACAUUCGAAAAUUGUUUACGUUGUGUUCAACUUAUACUUUUGUACUUGGUUUUAUUUUAAAACAAUGGUCAAUGCAAAUAAUUUGUUUGUAUUAGUUCUUAUAGCAUUUAUUUGCACCAUAAGAUCUGGUAAAUAUUAUACUGAAUAUUUUAACACUUAUUAGAUUUAUGGUGGGUUCUUAAACACAAUAUGAACAAUUUUUUAUUAUGUUGUCUAGCUGGAAGCAUAUCAUGUUACCAAUGCAACAGUACCGACAUCAACUAUCAAUUUCAAUGUACAGAGACUAUGGACAAUAUAGGCAGCCUACGCCCCACACCCUGUACAAAUCUUAACAAUGCUGCUUAUUGUGUGACACAUAUAGGCUUCUACAACGGGGGACUUGGAGUUAGACGUUACUGUUCAUCUCACGAUUUAGGAAAUUAUUGCAACUAUUUUAAGCCCCCAGGUGAUGAAAAAGAAUACGAAACAUGUAUUUAUACUUGUGCUUCUAGUGGCUGUAAUGGUCCAGGCGAACUAAAGUUAGUUAAAUAUAUAAAAAGUCUACCUAUUUAUCGGUGGUUUAAAAAUCUAUAAUUUUAGACAUUAUUACAUUCACAUUACAAAAAUAAUCUUGAUAUGAUUUAUAAGUAGGUUACUCAUAGUACAUUUUAA